CAACCAAGACUGUGAGACACUAAGGCUCAUCUUGUUCUUCACCCUCCCCUCACAGCUCCAGUCUCAGAUUCACAACAGCCUUGCGCAUUGGAACAUCCAGCCAAGCGCGUGAGGUGCGAGUGAGGAGCAAGUAGUCUAGUUACGUGUUUGUUGCAAUGGCGCUUCGAUCGGCAGCGACACAGGCAGCUACCUUGUUGAGGCUGCGGGGCAGGCCUGCACUCACUCAGAGCAUCUACGUCCCGCUGGCCAGACGCUUCUCCACCACCCAGGUUGCCUCCGACGAGGUCCGCGAUGGUCUACAUUACGCCGAGACUCACGAGUGGGUGAAGGUUGAUGGUGACAUUGGCACCAUCGGCAUUUCCGAUCAUGCCCAGAAAGCCUUGGGAGAUUUGGUUUUCAUCGAGUUGCCCGAAGGAGGAAGCGCCGUCACUGCUAAGACGAGAUUCGGUUUGGUAGAGAGUGUGAAAGCCGUGAGUGAGGUUUACAGCCCUGUAUCUGGAGAGGUCGUGGAGACCAACAGCUCCCUCUCGGAAACUCCCGAGACAGUGAACAGCAGCCCCUAUGACGAAGGCUGGCUCAUCAAGGUGAAGUUGUCUGACAAGUCCGAGCUCGAGAACUUGAUGAACAAGGAGAAGUAUGCGGAACACCAGGACGGCCACUAGUUGAAAUGUUGCAUUGCAUUUCACAGACCUGAAUUGUCUGGUUGAACUCAUUGUGUACAAAAGUCGGAGAAUGCCUCAUGUUCGUAAGAAGUGCAACGGAGGAGGAAGACUGUAGUUGGUUGAUGAAUCUAUGUGAUUCUUUUGAAGUAAAGAGUUUGCAAAAUGACUUGUAAAUUGGACAUCUC